AUGAAGGGAAGGGAUUUGUUGCAAAGUGCCCUCCCCUCCUCCAGCUCCCUCAGCACGGGGGCAGCGAUUGCUGCUGCUGCUGCAAUAACAUUCCUCCAGGAGACACCAUCAGGGGGUUCUGUGUGUGUGGGCACUUCAGGCUCCAGUUCAUCAUCCAACCUGGAGGGACACAAGGACAACAGCACCGUGGAGAAGCCAUGGCAGUGUGGGGACUGUGGGAAACGGUACAGGUCUCCAUCUGAGCUGGAGAUUCAUCGACGUGUUCACACCGGGGAGAGGCCGUUCACCUGCUCUGACUGCGGGAAGGGAUUCACUCAUUCCUCUGACUUGCAGAGACACCGGAGAGUUCACACCGGGGAGAGGCCGUUCACUUGCUUGGAGUGCGGGCAGGGAUUUACUCAGUCUUCUUCACUGCUCUCACACCAGCGAGUUCACACCGGGGAGAGGCCGUUCACUUGCUCCGAUUGUGGGAAGGGAUUCACUCAGUCUUCUUUGCUGGUGGCGCACAAGCGAGUCCACACCGGGGAGAGGCCAUUCAUCUGCUUCAAGUGUGGUAAAGGGUUCAGUCGGUCAUCCAGCCUUCUAAAACACGAGCGUAUUCACACCAGGCAAUGGCCUUUCACCUGCUCCGAGUGCGGGAAGGGAUUCAGUGCUUCGUCCAGACUGCUGGCGCACCAGCGGGUUCACACCGGGGAGAGGCCGUUCACCUGCUCCGAGUGUGGGAUGGGAUUCACUGAUUCAUCCCUCUUACUGUCACAUCAGCGAGGGCACACCGGGGAGAGGCCGUUCACCUGCUCUGACUGCGGGAAGGCAUUCACCAGAUCCUCUUCACUGGUGGCACACAAGCGUGUUCACACCGGGGAGAAGCCGUUCAUCUGCUCAGACUGUGGGAAGGGUUUCUUUGAUUGCUCCUCCCUCCUGUCACACCAGCGCAUUCACACCGGGGAGAGGCCAUUCACCUGCUCGGAUUGUGGGAAGGGAUUCACUCUGCCUUCUUCCCUGGUAGCACACCAGCGCAUUCACACUGGGGAGAGGCCAUUUACCUGCUCGGAUUGUGGGAAGGGAUUCACUCUGCCUUCUUCCCUGGUAGCACACAAGCGUGUUCACACCGGGGAGAGGCCGUUCACCUGCUCUGACUGUGGGAAGGGAUUCACUAUUUCCUCUGACCUGCAGAGGCACCAGAGAAUUCACACCGGGGAGAGGCCAUUCACCUGCACGGAUUGUGGGAAGGGUUUCACUUGGUCCUCUUCGCUGCUGGCACACCAGCGGGUUCACACCGGGGAGAGGCUGUUCACCCGCUCCGAGUGCGGGAAGGGAUACUGUUCCUCGUCCCGACUGCAGGCACAUCAGCGAGUGCAUACCGGGGAGAGGCUGUUCACCUGCUUUGAGUGUGGGAAACGGUACAGGUUUCCAUCCGGGCUGAAGCGUCAUCGACGUGUUCACACCGGGGAGAGGCCGUUCACCUGCUCUGACUGUGGGGAGGGUUUUGCUCACCUUUCCUCGCUAGUGGUGCACAAUCGGGUUCACACCGGGGAGAAGCCGUUCACCUGUCUCCGGUGUGGGAAGUGCUUCGCUCGGUCAUCCAGCCUUCGAAGACACGAGCGAAUUCACACCGGGGAGAGGCCGUUCACUUGCACCGAGUGUGGGAAGGGAUUCAGUCUGUCAUCCAGGCUUCAAGAACACAAGCGAAUUCACACCGGGGAGUGGCCCUUCACCUGCUCAGAAUGUGGGAAGGGAUUGAGUUCCAUGUCCAAACUGCAGGCACACCAGCGUGUUCACAGCGGGGAGAGGCCAUUCACCUGCUCUGACUGUGGGAAGGAAUUCGCUCUCGCCUCUUCCCUACUGGCACACAAGCGGGUUCACACCGGGGAGAAGCCAUUCACCUGCUCCAAGUGUGAGAAGCGAUUCAGUCAGUUAUCUGGUCUUCAAAAACACAAGCGGAUUCACACCGGGGAAUGGCCGUUCACCUGCUCUGAUUGUGGGAAGGGAUUCAGUACAUUAUCGAGUCUGCUGAUCCACCAGCGGGCUCACACCGGGGAGAGGCCAUUCUCCUGCGCCGAGUGUGGAGAAACCUUCAGAGAUCCGUUUGUGCUGCGGAGACACCAGCGGGUGCACACCCGGGAGAAGCCGUUCAGCUGCUCUGUGUGCGGGAAGGGAUUCACUCAAUCCGGCAGCCUCCGCGUACACCAGCAACAUCACACUGGGGAGAGGCCGUUCACCUGCUCUGAGUGUGGGAAGGAAUUCACUCAGUCGUCCCAGCUGUUGAUCCACCAGCGCAUUCAUACGGGGGAGAGACCAUUCCUCUGCACUGACUGUGGGAAAGGAUUCAGGGAUUCAUCAGCUGCACUGAAACACCAACGAAUUCACACCGGGGAGAAGCCUUUCACCUGCUCUGUGUGUGGGAGGGGAUUUAUCCAGUCAUAUAAGCUGCGGAGUCACCAGAGAGUUCAUCAAUGAAGACUGCAUUUAGAUUCUGCUGUUCUUGCUGCUGGGAACCACAUCCAGGACUGAACCAUGUUCAUUCGGACAGUGGGUGAAGUGGGAGGGUCAGAGGGGUUUUAUAUCCCAUGGGGCUGAUGCUCUCUCAGCCUGGGAGUGCACAUUUCCUCUGAAAUUAUCCACAGAAGCUGAUGAACAACAUUUACUUUAUCCUGGUUAGGAAACAGUUUACCUCCUGCUGCAGUUUCCAUUCCUGAAGAUGGGCUGGCCACCAACAUCCAACAAGAACACAUCGGCUCCCACGGUUACCUGGACUGUGCAUCCUCACUCCCUGCAGAGACUCCAUUGUGUUCUCCCAGUUUCUCUGUCUUUCCCACUUUUCACCUCCAAUGUGACCAUUUUCCCUUCCAUUGUGUUUGUCAGGAUCUUUCAAAGUGUCCAAACUAUGUCCCGCAUUUCUGCCCUGAUCCCUUCCCCUCCUUGCUGGAUUCUGGAUUAGUGUUGCUGGAAAAGCACAGCAGUUCAGGCAGCAUCCGAGGACCAGUAAAAUCGACGUUUCAGGCAAAAGCCCUUCAUCAUCCUUCUUCAUGGAACAAUGUGGUUUCCUUGAGUUUGUGUAUCUUGUACCAACUGAGUAUAUUCAGUAAAGGUCUUUGUAUCACAACAUGACCAAGCAGCAAUAGAGGGUUGAAUGGACCAUGAGCUUUAAUUGAGUUGCGUUUCGUUUUUUAGGUCAAACCAAACUUAGUCCGACUGUGACAAAAUUGUCUGUGUCGUGCUCAUCAGGAGCUUUGCACAAACACUAAUUCUUAUACUGCAUGA